AUGGCGACUGAUACUCUUGCCAACCAAGUCCCCAUCAACAACACAAUCCAAGUGAAUGUACGACCUGGCAACGAGACAGGUCUGUAUUACAUUCUCCUUUCGAAUUUGCCUUGGCAAACAUCGUGGCAGCAUUUGAAAGAUCACGUCCGCACAGUGUGCUCUGCUGUUGAGAGGGUUGAAAUCUUCAACGAGAGCACCACAGCCUGGGUCUGUGUUCGCGGCCAUGAAAACUACAAAGCAGCUCUACAUUUAUUGAGCACCGUACCAUUCAAUGGAAGACCAACAUUCGCGGAUGGCAGGAAUGCCCACCAAGAGAUUCCCAUUAAGAGACUGGUCGGUCCUACCGACAUGCGUAUGCCCUCACCCCGGUCACCUCGGACCCCUAGAACGACACCGCAGGUGACGCAGUAUUCGAGCCACUCUCCCUCCAUGAUGUCCCCUACUGUAUCGGACUACAGCCAGUGGUCAUCUGCGGCGCCCGGCUCGAUCAUGUCUAGCCCAGCUACGGAAUAUGGAGUACACCCAUUGCCAAUGGCCGCAGCCUAUGAUUACUCCGAGUCCAAUGGCUCAUAUCCAGCGUACGAAAACGGCUACGUAGACGCUACAACAAUCAUGUCAACGGCUGCGCGACCUUACACUUGGGAAUCAAACUAUCCGUAUUCCCAACACUACGCACAGUCCAGUGAUUACUACGACAGCAACAACUACGCACAAUCCAGUAAUUACUAUGACAACUACUCUACGUCUACGUACACCGCGGGCCCCGGGGCGAAAGCAACAAGACACCGAAGGGCCCACAGCGGCGAACUGGUUGCAACCGAACGGCGAAAGAUACUCAUCAAAAAUUUGACAUCAUGGACUCAGCGAGAACGGGUUAUGGAGCUGCUCCAAAGCAAGUGUGGAAUCAACUCAAAUCAGAUCAGUGCAAUCAAUGUUCCAUCUAGCAAUGGUAGUAGCAGAGGUUACGCUACGGUCACUUUCAACAGCGAGGAGAAAGCUGCUAAAGCUGUUAAGAAGCUCCACAAGUACAAGGUUGAUGGUAAGACUCUCGAGGUUGAUUACACGAAAGAGGGUGUCUCAAGGAAUGAGGAUACCCGAGGCCGGCAUUACAGCAAGCACCAACGGGAAGAAAAGGAGAAGAAUGAAAAUGCACAGAGCUCUGGUUCAGGCAGCGACAAGAAGGAAAGGCCUGCUAAAAAGGGUGUCAUUAUCGCUAACGGCUCUUCAAAAAAGGUUGGCGAGAGCAGUAAAGGCUCGAAUUGA